AUGUGGCGUUAUUUUAGUAACAGCUUCGCUUCCAAGAGUCUUUGUCUACCUAUGCUUCUUAGCAUGUUUUCCCAUCAGAGUUUGGUACAUCUUGGACUAAAUAUGUACGUGGUCUGGUCUUUCGCUAACGUUUCAGUAAACAAUUUUCUUGGACCAAAUCAGUUUUGGGCCUUAUAUGUUACUGGCGGUGUGGUGUCAUCUUUAAUCAGUCUUACACACAAAGCUAUAAGUAGAUCUUCAACAAGGGCUCUCGGAGCGAGUGGCGCCAUUCUUGCUCUUCUUGGAUACACUUGCAUGAGAAUACCUGAAGCAAGGCUCAAAAUUGUUUUCGUUCCUGGUUUCGAUUUUUCUGCGCAGUCAGCCAUUAUAGGCAUUUUACUUUUUGACAUCGCUGGGCUUCUAUUCAAGUUCCGCCUGUUUGAUCAUGCUGCACACAUAGGAGGAACACUGUUUGGAGUGUGA